AUGACCGAGAUCUUGGCAGUAACUGAGAAUUGGGAGGAUCGCACAACUGCCAGAAACACGCAGACCAUACCCCCACCAUCUGCGAGCACUAACGAUCUCCUAGAUCCGCAAACCAUCAAAGAACAGCUGCGAGACUGUCUGAAGAACAUCAGCAAGGAAACGCCGCCUGGGUUUGGAGGUGUAUCGGGGGAUUUUCCCAACCCUAGAUUAUUCCUCGAAAGACACGACUUCGUGCAAUUCUCGCUUGGGCAUAUCGGAUUUUCGGAUGAUUCGAGACGGUUCUCUCGAAUCUGCGAUCAAGGAUGA